AUAGAAAAGGAAAGAGGGCAUCAUAUUCAAUCAAGCGGCACUACUAUAUAUAAACAGCAACAGUCAAGAAAGCAUUAAGAGCAAACACAUUUAAACUAAUGGGAGCCAGCUUAUCACAAGAUGAGGCCUCUGAGCCAAACUAUGAAGAAUCAAGCAACAAGAUAUCACAGAGUAGCAACACUGAUGCCAAACCAAAUCAGAGUAACACACAAGUUCAAUUACCUCAGAACUGUGAUGAUAUUCUGAAACAUGCGGAUUCACCGGUCGACAGAUCCUCAGCAAAGAAGCUACUUGAACAACUUCAUGCAGGUGUAUUCUUGAACCAGAAACGGAAGAAGUACUGGGUUGAUCAGGAGUCAAACCGCAACUGCUUCAUUUUGUUUGCACGAGAUCUUUCGAUAACUUGGGGUGAAGACAAUCGCUUCUGGCAUUGGCCCUUGUUGAAAGAGUCAAGUGAUGAAAGUCUUGCAGUUGCUGAACUGCUCGACGUUUGCUGGCUAGAGGUUCAUGGAAAAUUUGAGAUAGCAAACCUUUCACCAGGAGCAACAUAUGAAAUUUCAUUUGUGGUGAAGUUAAAGGAUCCUGCUUAUGGAUGGGAAAAUCCCGUGAAUCUGAGACUCACUUUACCAGAUGGAAGCAAACAAGAACAUAAAGAGAAUUUGAUGGAAAAGCCAAGAGGAAAAUGGAUUGAAAUCACAGCAGGAGAAUUGAAAAGCUCAGCUGAGAAGGCCGGAGAGAUGGAGUUUUCUUUAUACGAAUACGAAGGAGGGAAAUGGAAGAAAGGGCUACUAAUAAAAGGAGUUGCCAUCAGGCCAAAAGCCUGAGUUCUCUAAUAUUAGACAUGUUUUGUAAACAUGGAAUAUGUACUUCUCUAUAAGCAUAAUUUACUAAAUAAUUGCUUUUGCAGGAUUUAUGAAUAACUAAUAAUUGCUUCUAA